AUGGAGCAACAUCCAACAGUGCAAGGAUGCCUCAUCUCCUUCCCUACGCCCCAAAUCCUCCUCCUCAUCCUUAACCGACCCGAGAAGCGCAACUCCAUCACACUAGCCACCAGUGCCGAGAUCCAACAACUCUGGACCUGGUUUGACGCACAUCCCACCCUUCGCGUGGCAAUCAUCACAGGCACAGGAGGCUCAUUCUGCGCCGGAGCCGAUCUCAAAGAAUGGAACGACCUGAACGCCCGAGGCAUCGAAAACAGAAUGACCGCCCCAGGCCUCGCAGGGCUCCCACGCCGCCGGGGCCCGAAACCCAUCAUCGCAGCCGUCAACGGAUUCUGCCUGGGCGGCGGGUUCGAGAUGAUCACGAACUGCGACAUCGUGCUGGCGAGCCCGGACGCGACCUUCGGGCUGCCCGAAGUCCAGCGCGGCAUUGCGGCGGUCGCCGGCUCGCUGCCGCGGCUGGUGCGCGUCCUCGGCCGCCAGCGCGCCGCCCAGAUCGCGCUCAGCGGGAUCCCCUUUUCGGCCGCCCAGAUGGAGCGCUGGGGGCUUGUGAACGAGGUCGUCGCGGACAAGGCGCUGUUAGUGACUCGGGCGGUCGAGAUCGCGACCACCAUCGCUAGUAACAGCCCCGAUAGCAUCCGGGUGACGCUCGAGGGGUUACAUCUUGGGUGGGAGGUCGCGAGUGUGGAGGAGGCCAGCUCGAGGUUGGUGGAUGAGUGGUAUGGGAAGUUGAUGGCUGGGGAGAAUUUUCAUGAGGGUGUGAGGGCCUUUGCGGAGAAGCGGAAGCCUGAGUGGAGGGCUUCGAAGUUGUGA